UAAUGAGAAAUUAUUAAUAAUUAUUACUUAGACUAAAUCUAGCACUGUUAGGAGAACACAGCGGCCCUAUUUUACAUAUUGCCACAUAGAUUAUAUUCACUAAAAACAACUGUACAAUGGCGUUAUUGUCGUGUAGUGUUUGCUGUGAAUGUUUGUCGCCACGAAGUCGGUGCAAUAUAAAGAGAAUUUAAAUUUCUCGUUGGCUUGCACAUGUUUCGUAGCGGCACACGUUGCCCUCGUGAGAGUGCGAUUGAGAUGUGGUUGCGGGGUGAGUCGGGCGGGAUCGGGGUUCGAUCCGGCUUGACGCAGCAAGUUGUUGCAGUGACACCGCCCCUGGGAGCCUACCCGCAGCCGCAGCCCCCGCAGGGACCCUUCCUGCCGGCGCCGCCGCACCAGGCCGCACCUCAAUAUGGUGUGGCAGGUGGUGGUCCGUACAGCGUAGCAUUCGGUGGUGCGGGCGCAGGCGCUGGAGGUGUGUAUGCCCCGCCCCCCUAUGACCAGCUGCAGCACCAUCAGGCCAUACCGGCCCUCAGCCAGCAGUUGCCCAUGUACAGUCCUGCGGCAGCUAUGUAUGCAGCGGCGGCCGGCUAUCCGGGGUACAUCGGAUACCCAGUACAAUACUACCCUUAUUACCCCGCCGCCAUGCAGCCUUCCAUACAACCCUUAAGGCCCACCAUUAUGAUACCGCAGAACGGGUUCGAGGCGAGCGGCAGGUUCGAGGGCCUGGCGCAGACCCUGCUGCCGCCCGCACCCCCCGGCGUGCCCCCCUCGCCCGCGCACCUCGCCGCCCUGCAGCCCCACCAAGUACUGUGGCGCUAAAGUAGUCCCGCAAUGAGCAGCGCCGACGUCAGCAGACAAGCUAACACGGAGCCAGACAAAUUGGUCUUUAUAUUUAUUACUCUAUAUCAAAAUGUUAAAGGUAUUUUAAAAUUAAUUAGAAACUA